AUGCCACCAACGCUGUCGCCGUCGCCGUCGCCGUCCCCCCCGGUCAAGCGACCCAAGGUCAUACUCUUCGACAUUGGCGGCGUCCUAACCGCCUCCCCCUUCCAAGCCAUCCUCGACUACGAGCUCCGCCACGGCAUCCCUACGGGCUGGAUCAACUACUCCAUCUCGCGGAGCGCACCCUCGGGGUUCUGGCAGCGUCUCGAGACCGGCAGCAUCCCCCUGGACGAGGCCUUCUUCGCGGGCUUCAACCGCGACCUGCACGACCCGGCCCGCUGGAAGGCCUUCUACCUGGCCCAUCAGCAGCAACAACAGCAGCAGCAGGCGCAGACCAGCAAACCCACGCAGAUCCCGCCCAUGCCCCAGAUCGACGGCAAGUAUCUCUUCCACGCCAUGAUGUCCGCCGCGCGCGUGCCCGACCCGUGGAUGUACCCGGCGGCGCGGGCGGUGCGCGCGAGCGGGCAGUACCUGGUGGCGGGGCUGAGCAACACGGUGAAAUUCCCGGCCGGCCACGACGGCGACCGCGCGCAGAUCCCCCCCUUCCUAACGGGCCUCUUCGACGUGCUGGUGUCGUCGGCACACGAGGGCCUGCGCAAGCCGGACCCGCGGAUCUACCGGCUGGCGCUGGAGCGGGUGGACAAGUUCGCGCGGGCGCACGCGGGGUCGGCGCGGGGUCGGGCGCUGGGGUGGGCGGACGGCGUGGCGGCCAGGGAUGUCGUCUUCCUGGACGACAUCGGGGAGAACCUGCGGGCGGCGCGGGCGGCCGGGUUUCGCACCAUCAAGGUGCCCCUCGGGCGGGCCUACGAGGCGGUGGAGGAGCUGGAGAGGGUGACUGGGUUGGCGCUGGCGGGUGACCAUCCCAAGAUUCCCGUUAAGCCGGACUUGGCGGGCGGUGCUGGUAAGGCAAAGAUUUGA